AUGGAUAAAUUAUCGAUAGUGAUCGAAUCGUUGACAAAACCACGAUAUGAAGAAGAUUCCAUCGAUCGACUAAAUUAUCACGUCACUACAUUGAUAUUACUUGUUGCUGCAUUUACGAUAAUAGCCAAGGAAUAUGGUGGUGAUCCAAUUCAAUGUUGGUUACCUGCUCAAUUAGCAUCACAAAAAUCGUGGGAACAAUAUGCGGAAGAUUACUGUUUCGUGGAAAAUACCUACUACAUUCCAUUGGAUCAGGAAAUGCCACAAAACGAGAAAUACCGGGAAGAAAAAUUGAUCACUUAUUAUCAAUGGGUACCAUUCACAUUGAUAUUGCAAGCAAUGUUUUUCAUAAUACCUCACGUUUUCUGGCGAAUGCUUAACUGGACUUCAAACGUACAAACACGUGCAGUGAUAUCAAUGGCGGAUAGCGUACGUCAAAUGGAUCCUUGUAAUGAUGAAGCAAAUGAUAUCAUGGAUUCAAUUGCUAAUCAUAUCUAUUAUGCUGAUAAAUCAACCAAACAAUUGCCUAAAAUAUUACAGAAUAGUAAUUUGCUUGUUAUCUUUACAAGGAUUCUUACCCAUUCUUAUCUCAGUACAAUUUAUCUAAUAACUAAAUUACUAUUCAUAGCAAAUGCAACAGUACAGUUUUGGAUAGUAUCACUUUAUUUGGGCGGAAAUGGGUAUGAUUUAACGAAAGCACUAGUGAGACAACAAACAUGGCAAAAUACCGGUCUUUUCCCGCGAGUUACCAUGUGCGACUUUAAGAUUCGUGUCAUGGGUAAUGUACAUCGCCACACCAUUCAAUGUGUCCUGAUGGCAAAUAUGUUUAACGAGAAGAUUUACAUUGCGCUUUGGUGGUGGCUACUCAUCGUAAUAACCCUAACAGUAAUCAAUUUAUUUUACUGGAUCUAUGUGUUGAAUUCGAUCACUUCAAGCUAUCGAUUUCUAAUUGGACUCGUUAGACUUGGUCAACCGCAAGAAAAAAUGACCGAUCAUCUCACACAAUUAUUUGCUGAGCAGUUUAUUGGUGACACUACAUUGGUAUUAAGGUUGGUGACGCAAAAUGCUAGCGAAUUGGUUGCAAGUAACAUUGCCGCUCGCUUGUUUGACAUUUUUGUCAAGAAAAGGUAA